AUGACAUCAUGUCAGGGCUCAGAAUUCCAUCGAGAAACCCAUCGAUAUGGGCAGAAAAAUAUCCUCCAGGAAAUCUCUGUGUAUUAUCCUCGCUCUCUUCCACAACCGGACCCCUCGUCAAGUGUCUGGAUAAUCUAUAUCCAUGGCGGCGCGUGGCGUGACCCGGCUAUUACAUCCAUUUCUUUUGAGCCCACGCUUGAUGCUCUUGCAUCCGAUUGCGAUUCCCAGACUCUACAAAGGGUCGCUGCUUUUGCUUCAAUCGACUAUCGUUUGUCCGCCCACCCCAAUUUCCCCCAAGACCCCACCACCACUGAGCCGACAGAUUUGCGAUGCGCAAUCCAUCCCGACCACCUCAAUGAUGUACGAAAUGCAAUCGCGUAUUUACAGAACAAAUUCGAGUUUGGAGAAAGGUAUAUUCUGGUUGGACACAGCUGUGGCGCUACUCUUGCCUUUCAAACCGUGAUGGGAAGUGUGUUAAAUGCAGAAUCUAAACGCAGUGAGGCCACUGAGAUGAAUAUAGAGCUGCCAAUCGCAAUAGUGGGUGUUGCGGGAAUCUACGAUCUGCGUUCACUCCGUGAUACUUUUAAAGAUAUCGUCAUUUACCAAGAAUUCAUCAAAGCUGCCUUCGGUUCUGAUGAAAAACUAUGGGAUGGAGUUUCACCUGCCAGAGUGGAAGGACAAACAAGUAUAGAAAACUGGUGGGCAAACGGCAGGUUGGCUGUGUUAGCUCAUUCUGAAGCCGAUGAAUUAAUUGACGUGGGACAGCUAAGAACCAUGGCCAAAGUGAUAGGUAAAUGGAGAACAGCGGGUACCAGAGGACUUCCUAGAAAUUUACUCCUUCUUGAUGACCUGAAACAUGGCCAUGAUGAGAUCUGGAGUAAAGGGGAUGAAUUAGCUCAGGUUAUUGCUAAGACGGUUUUUGAGCUGCAACGAUUGGAGAAAUCGUGA